GAGUGAAGAACACACACCAACGGGAAAAAAUAGGACACAACAACUGGCGACGAGGUGGAUUCGUUUACGAACGAACGGGAAGCAAGAGGUACCAGCAGCAACUAGCGAUAGCAACGUGGUCAAGCAAUGGCGGAUUGCAGUGAGUCGGGUUUGUGCUUUAAUGAGGCUAACGAAAGCUUCACCACAUACGAAGAACGUUUUGCACAUUUUAUAGAAGCCAGUGGAAUAGAAGAAGGGAAACAACGGGCCGUUUUCCUAUCCGUGGUAGGUGCAAAGACUGUCUCGUUACUGACCUACUUGGUAGCACCGAAGAAGCCAUCUGAAACCCCACUAGCAGACAUUUUGAAAGCAUUGAGAGAUUUUUAUGUACCGAAGAAAAAUGUCGUCAGUGAACGUUAUAGUUUCCGUGCACGCAAGCAACAAAGUGGAGAGUCUGUAGCAGAAUAUGUAGCCGCGCUAACAGGGCUAGCAGCCUCGUGCGAGUUUGGCCUAACGCUAGAAGAACAAUUAAGGGAUCAGCUAGUUUAUGGCACAAGUAGUGAGGAGCUACGUACUAAGCUGUUAAGUGCUGCACACGGAGAACAGUUAAACUGGGCAAAAGUGAUGGACAUUGUGAAUAAUUUCGAGUGCACAACUACAAGUUUGAGAACGUUCCAGCAAACCCCGCUGAGAACAGACAGUGUGAGUAGUCACGAGGGUAAGGCGUGUGCUCGCGGGACCGCAGAGAAGACACGCCACAGAGAAGAAAUUCUGGGCGCCAGAGAGACAACGUUCAACACAUGCCUUGGAGAGGAGCAUCCAGCGAGGGAGACAGCCAACCAGGGCAACAGCUCCGGCAGACGUUGUUCAUUCACGGAAAGCACAACCACAGAGGGAGAUACCCUUUACAUAGCGAAGGAACCAGCCAGCAUGGGACCACGUGCUACAGGGUUAAAGAGCCAGUCAGCACUAGGAGAUUCCAGAAGACCUCCAGGAAGCUCAUCCCAAACGGAUCUAGAGGAACCUAAGAAAGAUGACAGGAUCCAAGGAGCAAACAAAAUUUCACCUGGUAAUCCUGCAAUUUACAAACUUAACCUGACAUCAACAGAAAAUGAUCAGGUCUGCAUAAAGGACUUUGGAAGCCAAGUAUUAGGGAAGUGUAAUAAAACAAUCAUGCUUCUUGGUGCCACUGGAUCAGGCAAGACCACCCUCAUCAAUGGCAUGAUCAACUACAUCCUGGGAGUGGAGUGGAAGGAUGAAUGGAGAUUUAAACUGAUAGAUGAAGUGACCAAUAAGACACAAGCAGAGAGUCAGACUUCAGAGGUCACAGCCUAUCAGAUUCACCACAAUGAGGGCUUUAAAGUUCCUUACUCUCUCACCAUCAUAGACACCCCAGGGUUUGGAGACACCAGAGGCAUUAAACAAGACAAAGAGAUCACUGAGAAAAUCAGACAGUUCUUCACCCGACAAGAUGGCAUUGCCAGCAUUGAUGCUGUGUGCUUUGUAGUGCAGUCAGCUUUAGCUCGACUUACACACACACAGAAAUACAUCUUUGAAGCUGUUCUUUCAAUCUUUGGUAAGGAUAUAGCAUCCAACAUCAUUUCUAUGGUCACCUUUGCUGAUGGACAGAAACCCCCAGUGUUGGAAGCCAUCAGAGCUGCUGAUAUCCCAUGUGCCACAAAAGAAGGGUCCCUUCUUCAUUUCAAAUUCAACAACUCUGCCCUUUAUGCCUCAAAUGAACAAUCAGAUGACAGUUUUGACCAGAUGUUCUGGAACCUGGGAAAAAAAAGCAUGAAUGGAUUCUUCAACAGUUUAAACACAAUGGAGACCCGGAGCCUGCUGCUGACUAAAGAAGUGCUCUCUGAGCGCAAACAGCUGGAGGCCACUGUAGCAGGAGUGCAGCCACUGAUCCAAAUCGGCCUCGCAAAACUUAAUGAAAUACAAGAAACAAGAGCAGCACUGCACCGGCAUCAGAGUGCCAUUAAUGCAAACAAGGAUUUCACAUAUGAGGUUGAAAUUUCAGUGGCAAAUAAGGUGGAUUUAGAAACAGGAGUCUAUGUAACCAACUGCCUUAAAUGCAACUACACCUGCCAUGAUGACUGUGCUUAUGCAAAUGAUGAUGAUAAGAUUAAUUGUAUGGUAAUGAAGAAUUCCUACUGUACAGUGUGUCCUGGCAAAUGCAUAUGGAGUGUGCAUCACAACAUGACAUACAAGAUUGUGACAGAAAUGAAAAAAGAGACGAGAACAUAUGAAAAUCUGAAAAAAGAGUAUGAGAAAGCACAGGGAAAAAAGAUGUCUGCAGAAGAGAUUGUAAAACAAUUGGAGCAGGAAUAUGAGGACGUUCAGUUCAACGUUUUUCAAAGGACUGAUGAAAUGGCCAGGAGUCUACGUCGUCUGCAGGAGAUUGCACUUCGGCCAGACCCACUGUCCACCCCAGGUUACAUAGAGCUGCUGAUUGAGGCUGAGAAGCAGGAGUGUAAACCAGGAUACAAGAAGCGUGUGGCUGAGUUAGAGAAUGUCCUUGAAGGAGCAGUUAUUGUGAACCAGGUGGCUAAAGGAGAGCCACUCACAGAUCAGGAACAUAAAAUGCUGCCGAUUGAGGCUGAGAAGCAGGAGUGUAAACCACUCACUAAUCAGGAACAUAAAAUGAGUUUAAGUUCCAGAUUUCAAACUUGGCUGGGGCUUCAGACCAAGAAGUAGGAAUCUACAUAAAACAUAUGAUACAUAAAGGAUGCAUAAAGCACAUUGCUGAGUUGGGAGAACUUCCAUUAGCAGGCGGUAAAUAAGCAGUUAACUAUCAGCUAGGUGGUUAAAAAAGAAUCAUUCAAUGAACAGGAAAAUAAAUUUAAUUGCUUGCCAAAGCUAGUGGACUACAUAAUAAUAUAACAAGUUGGUUCUCUGAUUCAAUAUUGAAUGAAAAAAGGAAAGAAACAAAAGCUGAAUACGUGCGGUCAUGCACAUCGUACUUUCAUCGUGAGCAUAUUACUUUUUAAUACAGUCGCUUGUACGCGUUCAUUUAAGUGUGACUUUAUACAGUUUAAUUAUGACAUAUUUUACUCCUGUAACUUUAAAGCUCCAUCAUCAUUAUUAGGUUGUAACAAGUAGGGUGUCUGCAUCAGACUGAUGUAAGAUGUAAUUCAUUCAUAUUUUGACCUGGCAUGCCAUUUUUUGAUCCUAUAAUAAAAUAAAACCUUUUCACAACGG